AUCAAAAAGAUCUUCAUUUGCAUGCGGAACAACAUGAGGGGGAGUAAAUAAUUACAGAAUUUUCAUUUUGGGGUAAACUAACCCUUUAAGACCAAAACUAUAUAUCAUUUAAAUUAUUUUACUUCAGAAUUGGCCAGACCCAUACUGAGAUUGUAAGACCAACAAUAACUCUUAAAUAUUCUGCCAAGUUUAGGUCGGUCACAACAGGAGUGGUAAUGAAUCGCUGGCGGCAGUCAGUGGUGGAGAUCCAAACCAGAAAGAGGCAGGUGAAUGAAUGUGAACGGGCACAGGCCGCCCUGAGCAAAGUGACAGCCUGCUUUCAGCAAAUGGCAACCUCCUUGGGGAGCAACAUAGAUGGGAGUUUCCUUAGAGAGGAGCUGGAGGAAACCAGGACAGUAGCUCAUAAAAUAUGCUCAGGGCUUCACCGGAGGCUGCUAGCUCUGCUGACAGAAAUGGAGCAAGGACAAGAGGACAAAGAACAGGUUGAACGACUUUGGGUGAUCUUCUUGUCCAGCUUGGAAAACUUCCAGCAGGACCUGAAGAAGGUCAGAGCCUUGCAAGAGAUAUUCCCCCUCACCCAACGCAAAGAUCGACAAGCCCUUGUCAACACAGGUUAUGCAGGUGGAACUUCGGAAGUAGCAGCUCGAGCAGCCAUGGUGCAGACGCCAUGGUUAUCAGUAGACGAGACGGAAAGACCAGACCUGAAGACCCAUAUAAGGGGGAUUGACGUUCUGCUUGAAGAAAUGGUCCAGAGAGUUAACGUGCCACUGUGGUCUGUUGAACCCACACAAGAAGCUGAUGGUGGGCAAGAAGAGGAUGAAAGCUUGGAGGACAUGAUGGAAGUGGAGGUGGUGUCUCAAAAUAAUAUAUCAGGCUGUUGCCAUCACCACAACUGCAAAGUAGGCUGUCUACUUUGUCUGCUCAGCUAAGUUCAGGAACUGGGUGAAAUAAAAUGUUUGAAAUUGUGACGCAUGAAUUCUGCAAUAACAGAUUAAAUUGUUGACCAUCAUACUUUGUAAACCCUUCUACUCAAUACAGAUUUUAAACAUUUUUCAGACUAUAAUUAUUUUCUGUGGCCGGUUGCAUAAGACUAGUCUUACAAGUCAAGUCAGUUAUUUCUAGUCCACCCAAAAAUGAAAACACUGUCGUCAUUUAUUCACCAUUAUGGUUGUUUCAAACCUGUAUGAGUUUCUUUCACCUGCUGAACACAAAAGAUAUUUUGAAGAAUGUUGGUAACCAGACAGUUGACGGUGACCAUUGACUUCCAUAGUAUUUUUUUUUCCUACUAUGGAAGUCAGUGGCUACCGUCAACUGCCUGGUUACCAACAUUCUUCAAAAUAUCUUCUUUUUAGCUCAACAGAAUAAACUCAAACAGGUUCAGAACAAAAUAAGGGUGAGUAAAUGACUUUUUAAGACUGGGCAUAAAUUUAUGAGAGUUAAAUAAAGUUGCUUGGUCUCAUUUGAAUCCAGAAAGUAAGACUGAUUAUUACCCAUUGACUAACUGCAAGUUGGUCAAUCUAGUUCUUAAGAUAAUCUGAACAUGGUGGCAAUGUUUAUGCAACUGACCACUGAUCAGUUAUUCACCACAAAGCCUUCAUAUUGUAAAUAUCAAAUAAAACAUUUAACAUUCUGGUGUUAUUUUCCACCUUUUUUAUUCCAAUAAUUAUGCACAUUUCAUUCGGCAUUUUAUUCAGGCAAGUUUAAUACAACACAGAAAUAAACACACAGACCCAUUACAGAAAAUUUACAUUAAUACAAACAAGAAAACAGACACAGAUAUAAAAAAAGAAAAAAGAAAA